AUGGCGGACAAGACGCCAGGCGGUUCGCAGAAGGCCAGUGCGAAGGUGAGGCCGCUCUUGGGGCCGAGUCGGCGGCUCCGCCUGGUCCGAGGGGGGCAGGCGGGCAAGUGCCGGUGGGUGGGCGCCGAGGGUGGGCGCGGGGAGCCGGCCUGGAGACGCGCGUGCCGCCGCUGCGGGACGUGGUGCGCAGGCGGGCGAGGAAGCGAGCUCGGUUGGCUUCGCGGCCUAGUCUCUCUCCCGCCUCCCAGCUCAGCCGGUGGCGGUGCGAGGGCGACGGAUAGGGGGGAAUUAUAGCGGGGAGGAAGCGGAGCGGCUGCGUCGCCUCCGUUUCCUUACACAUUUUUUUUUUAAAUUCUCCCUUCUCUCCGGGAAAGAGCUGCUUCAGUUUUUUCGUUCUCCCGCUCCUCCGAUGCACCGUCUCUUCGGGGUUUCUUCGGGAAAGGCUGCAAAAACGUGGGGUGUAUAUGGGUCACGAUUCCAUUCUGCAUUGAUUAUUAUUGGGAGUUUAUCUCGGUGUGGACUUUUAACCUCCCCUCCCCAUUUUUAAGGCCUCGUGUGCUUGGAGAGAGAGGUCUGGUGUGUAUGAUCUAGGCUUGUGAGCAUCCCCUCCGCCUCCGAGCCGCAUAAACAUUCAGUUUAUGCAUCCUGGCGAUCAUUUUACUUAGGUAAUAUUGGCACAUAUUUGCGAAGCUGGGCCAUUGAAGAUAUAACAGUGUAGCAGUUUAUUUUGGCUGUUUGUACUGUCCUGCAUUGUCACGAAGGAGAUGCAAUACUUAAAAAUGGCAGAAAUGAUUAAACUGUAGAUCAUUGCUAACAAGGCUGCACAAUUCUCAUGACUGGCUUUUCACUGCAUUUACACACCACAAAGUAUGUUAUAAUGUACAAGGCCUUUUGUUACAUAGGGGAAAAAUAGGGAUAUAGAUUUGAGUGAAAUGGCCCUUCCUUAUUUGACACGUUAAAGCUGUUCUAGAGCAGUUUCUUCCUCCUUACAUGAGUUAUGUUUCAGAAUCUUGUUGACUGAUUUUGUUCCCAAAAAGUUUCUUGUUUUUAGGUGGAGAUUGAAAAUACUUCCCUCGAUUUUCUGCUGCCACCUUAACUGGGUUUCUGGAAUUAAAUUAUGUUUAUUAUAAAGGAGGGUACAGAGGUUAUAGCGUAUGCAUCUUUUAACUUGGGACCAAUUAAUCAUUUUAUUUGUGUACUGCCUUUCCAAAGUUAAAACCAUGCUCAAGGCAGUCUGCAACUUAUAUAUUAAAAAAUCACAUAAUUACAAACAUAACAAAACUAAAAGUAGUCAUAAACAAUAAAUUAAACAUCAAAAGUACACAACCACAUUGAAUAAUGUGUCUUCAGCUAGUUGUUUCCUUAGUCUUUUUAUACAUGAAUUGUUUGACAUAUAUUCUUAUUCAUAUAUUCAUGUAGGUAUUUUUGUUUUGCUUGUAUUUUUGAGGAUUAUGUAUGCAUUAUUGGAGAUCAAGAGAUUGGAGAUCUAAAUAAUGGUAGCCAGUAGACUUCUCUAGAUGUUGAGCUCCCAUCAGCCUCAGCCAGCUUGGCCAGUAGUGGGGUUGACAGAAAUUGUAGUCCAACAAUGUAUUAACUUGAGGCGACCACAUUGGCUAUCCUUGUUCUAAAUCAAGUAAUAAAAUAAUCAGCAGUACUGGGAAAAUGUGGUGUUGUGGCUCUACUUUUUUUAAAAAAAAUUAUAAAGCACCUACUGGUAUAUUUUUUCUAGAUGCUGUACAAAUAUUUAAGAAACAAAUUGUCCAUACCUACACUCUUACAGUUUAACAGACAUGAUACAAAAAAAGAAAAGGAACAGAAAGCAAAGCAAAUUCAGGCACUAGUUUUUUAAUGUUUAAUGAGCAAGUGGAAUGGCCUUCUGAGAGGAGUGUUGCCAGCUCUGCUCCAAGCUCUUAUUACAUUUGCAGGUUAAAAUUUUAAUAUACAAAAAAAGGACUUGGUUCAUUAGGUGCUGCUGGGCUACAAUUCUAAUCAACCUUGACUGUUGGUCAUAAUGACUGGGGCAGAGGGAAACUGUACUUCCAACAUCUGAAGGGCACCAAGUUGGCUACCCCCACGCUACAAUUUGGUAGUGGUGGUGAGAAUCUCCAGUGACUUCAUAAAACAAUCAUUUAUGAAGCAGGGAUUAUUAUGUCUAAACUGACCAAAUGUUGCACAGCAUCCACCUUCUUUCAAGUGAUUUUAGUUGAUGUACUUUCUAUGGGAAAGCAAGUUUUCCUAAAAUAUUGGGACAGUUUGAAGAAAUAUAGAGCAGCGGUGAUUUAAGCAGACUGCACAGUGCAGAAUUGAGUAAAGUAAAGCUUAUUCACCCCAAUUCAAUAACUGUGAAGCUGAAACCCAAGUUUUUUGGUUAACUCUCUUUUCUCCCCACCCUGUAACCUACCCUGCCACAUCAUCUGGCAAACUGCCUUUGAAACUGAACAGUUUCAAAAGUACUGUGUGGUACAGGAUAGGACUCAGCUAUUUCAAGAGGGGAGAGGAUAAUGAAUUUCACUUAUCUAAUGCAAGCCCCUUGUGUGUGUUUGAGCAGCUACCGUAAGAGCGGUAGUCUCGUAAUCUGGGGAACCGGGUUCGAGUCUCCACUCCUCCACAUGCAGCUGCUGGGUGACCUUGGGCCAGUCACACUUCUUUGAAGUCUCUCAGCCCCCUCACCUCACAGAGUGUUUGUUGUGGGGGAGGAAGAGAAAGGAGAAUGUUAGCCGCUUUGAGACUCCUUAAAGGGAGUGAAAGGCGGGAUAUCAAAUCCAAACUCUUCUUCUUCUUCUUUUGGAAUCUCAGCCAUUGCCUGGAAUACGGUCUUCAACUGGAGUAGUUCUGUAGAAAACACUGGCAAGCUCCCCUCCCCCUAAAAUUCUAUCUAUCCAAAUAUUACUUGUACAGUAAAGGAAAUGCAAUAUUCUUGCCUUUAUUUUAAGAGGGAAAGGCUUCCACUUGCAUUGUAUGCAGCUAUUAUUAAGUCCCACAAACAACAAAAUUUAGGCUGUAGUAAAAUCAGUGAAAUUUAGCCUGUUAAAAUCAAUGAGAAAUUGUUACUGAUUGCCAUUUUAAUUGUAUGGGAACGGAACAAUAGUAAUAAUGAUGCAUUGUCUCUGAAACCUGCUUCUUUUCUAGAUACUAAUAAAAUCAAUUUUCUACCAGUGCUUGGCUUUCAAUAAAGUUGGAUAGUUUUUUGUAUUAGAAAAUAAAUUACCAAGUUGUGAUUCAGUUUCAGUUAUUACUUUAUUUCCAGUGUUUACAUAUUUAUUGAAUAAGGAAGUUAGACUGAGGUUCACAAAUGGUUUUCUUCAUAACAUGGCAGAAUAGACUUGUUUAGAGAAUUUGAGGCAAGGAUCCAAUGAACCAUAAAACUCGUUCUGUCUCAAAUAGCAGGUACCUUAAUAAACACUAUAGAGUUCAGCUGAUCAAAACGAAUAGACUAAAAUUGAACCUAGGCAGGUGUUUGGAUCAUAACUUUAUUGCUUUAUUUCGUUGCUUUUUGACCUUUGUGAAUGAAUUUAGCUUUUGAAUACUAAUUUGAGAGAAACCACAUAAUUUCAUUGCAUAAUUUAAUCGACUCCUUUCAAAUCAGUAUUCAAAAGCUAAAUUAUUCAUGAAGGUCAAAAAGAAACAAACAAAGCAUAAAGUUACCAAUUAAAUUCUGCAAUGAAAUUAUGUGGUUUCUUUCCAGGGUCUGAAUAGCAGAUUGGAUUUUGGUCAAUGAAAAUAGGAAGAAUAUAAAAUUUUACUAAAAUGUUGUGUCCUUUAUAGCAAGUGGAUUACGUAUGAGGUAGAUAAAGGAAUUUCUGGAUCAGCAGCUGGAAAUGAAGAUAGUCACAUUGGACUACCUGGAGUAGACAACUUCAGGAUUAUUGCUGAAAAGCCUUACAAAAUGAAGGAAAGUGUUACAUCAAAGAUCCUAGAUGGUGACCACUUUGUGCAAUUAAAAAUAAGCCAGAUUAUUUUGAAGAAUAUUGCCCCUUCUUUUAAAAGUAUAUUGUCCUUUACUUAUAGAACUUGAGCUCAUUUUAAAAUCCCUGGAGUAGAGAGAUGACUGUGUUUUUCACAAUUCUUUUCAGAAUGGUCAAACCUGAGUUUUGAGUUGAUGGUGAAGGUAGUUCAAAAGAAAAUUGAUUAUUUAUGGGUGUAAAAUGUGUUGACAACCAAUUAAAUGCCUGUAGAAUGUAAUUCUUGUAUAUCCUUCAUUUUUAGGCCAGGGUGCCAGACACAACACGUGUAACUGGAUCUCCGGAGAAUCAUGUAAGUCUCAAGGUGGAUGAGCAAAAAUCUUAACAAAACUGUUCCUGUUGUCCCCACCAAUUGAUAUGUAUGAGCUGUUGUCUCUUUAAAAAUGUUUAUUGUUACUUUGGUUCAUUACCUUCCCAAAGUGGGCUUUUUGCCAGUUGUACUACAUGUUGGAUAUAGUACAAUGGCCUGCAGUUUCUUUAAUAUCAUUGUAUACUGUGUGAAUGAGUUUUAAUGUGGUUGAGCAUUUCAAGAAGUGUUCUGUAAAAUGUAUUUUAAAGACCAGGCUCAUUGAUAUAGAUCCUGCUUUGAGAUACGGAUCUUCUCAAAAGCACAAAGUACUUUGUUGUUGUUGUUAAUUAAAUUUGUAUGCCACCCUAGAUCUGAUCUCUUAAUAUAAACUUAAAUUCACCUAAUCUUUGAACCCUUUCCCCAUCCCUUCUAUAGCCUAUGAUUUUUCUACUGUUCUGCCUCCUAGAUCACCAUGUCUUGUUCCCUUGUCUCUUCCCUCUUCUCAAACGUCACUUGGCCUGGAAACCCCCAGCCCUUCCCUACCCAAACAUAUUCGUCUUUCUGUUCUCUCUAUAUUUUCCUGAUAUCUGUCUUGUGCCUUUGACUAACAGGUUUCUCUACCUGUAAGAAUCCUAGUCUUCAGCAUCUCACAGUUGCCUAGCUUGGUUGCUGAUUUCCAGUGGUGCAAAUAACUUCAGUCUUUUCAUAUCCACCCCUUCCCAGGAAAAUGUGGAGUUUUGGGGCAGUGUCACAGGCACAAGCUCUCUGUCUUCCUGGUGCCAGAGGUGUGUGUCCCCUAAGUCCAGGUUCCCCACCUAUAAGAUCCUUCCAACUGUGAGGAGGACUUCUUACUCUGUCAAAGACCUUGGAGAACAGAAAUGUUUUUGCCUGCUGCCUAAAGAUACAUAACAAAGGUGCCAAGUGAGCCUCCCUGGGGAGAGCAUUCCACAAGUGGGGAGCCAUCACAGCACUUUGAAUUGUCAAUGAAUGCAGUCAGGCCAGGAUUGACAUUAUAUGCUCAAAACUCUUGCCCCGGCUGCCGAAGUUUCUGAACUGUCUUCAGAGGCAGCCCCACGUAUAAUGUGUUGCAGUAAUCUAACCCACAGGCUACCAGAGCACAGAUGACAGAAGUUAGGCUAUCCCUGUCCAGAUGGGGACACAUUUCCCCUGUCUCUCUCCCGACAGAGGUCAUCGUACAGGGCAAACAAAACUGUUUCCGUGCCAAAACAGAACCUAAACUGAUUGAAAUGGAUCUAGAAAUUCAGUUUCCUCCCAGAGCACUUCAGGUGUUACUGGGUAAAUGAAUUCAUCUAAAAUCCCAGUCUUAUGACCAAAUUAAUAUUUUUUUCUCUUGCAGCCACUUUUAGAAAGCAAACUUAAAGCAUUUAGUAUUGGCAAGAUGAGUGCUGCCAAGAGAACUUUAAGCAAGAAAGAACAGGAAGAAUUGAAAAAGAAGGUAAUACUUCGGAACUAUUUUAUUAUUAUUUAAUCAGAUGGAUAUGUUCUGCUUAUUGCUGUUACUCACAGAUUAUUGCUGAUAAAACCAGAAGCUUUUAUUUGGAUAAUACUGACUUAGUUUAGUGUUGUUUUUCCUGUUGUCCUCUUAAAAUUGUAUCUUGUUAACAUUUGCUGCCAAAUCUAAAUUGUGCAUGUAGCUGUUUCUCUAAACCAAUGGACAGAUUUCAGACAGAAAAGUUUAGCCCAGUAAGAUGCAAGUUCUAACCAAGAAUAGGUUGGGCUACAGGAUCACUCUUUGCAUCUUGCAUGCAAAUUUCUUCUCAACCCAGUUUGGCUAUUGUGUGUGGUGUUUAUUGUUUUUAAUCCUGGUUAUAAUGAACCUGGGGGGGGGUCCCUUUUUCUAACUGAGUUAUAAAGAAAGUUCAAGAGAAGCAAAUUAGCUAAUUGGGGCUGAACACCCCAGUAUGUCUGCCAUCAGGGACAGGCACAGCAGUAGGCUAUACCAUGUCCUAGUUUUGUAGUCUCAGUUCUUUGUCUCAGUUCUUUGGUUUUGUAGUCUCAGCCGUUAUGUUUCUAAAUAAUCCCAAAUUCUAUCUUGACAUUGGAGUCUUCCCUUUGAAAAGGAAGAUUGUAUCCUUCAUACGCAUAGUUUUAUUUGUAGUCGGUGAUGUAGGUUUUAGAGAAAGUUUUCCAGUGUCAUCACCAAUUUGGAUCUGACUUAACAUGUUUGACUUAGUAACAAGGUGUCCCUUUUUAGUUAUGUUUACUAUUGUGUCCUGGAUGAAUCAAAAGUGUUUCCAGUGGCCAAAGGGAGUAGAAGCAAAAAUACUUAAAUAGUGGAGAAAAAAAGUAAGCUCAUUUAAUGACAAUUAUUUUUAUUGGAAUACUUUUAAGACAAAGCAUCUCAAUAGUGCAGACUUCUUACAUUUAAAUGGAAAAAAUGAAAGCAUGGUUAAAUGACAAUUUCUAACGACUGCCACCUGAAAAAAGUUAAUUACAACUUUGAAGCUAUCCAAUCUGGCCAGUAUUACCAUAUUUUUCGCCCUAUAGGAUGCACUCCAAAAAUGAAGGGGAAAUGUGUGUGCAUCCUAUGGGGCGAAUGCAGGCUUUCGCUGAAGCCUGGAGAGCGAGAGGGUCGGUGCGCACCGACACCUCUCUCUCUCCGGGCUUCAGGAAGCUAUCCGCAAGCCUUGGGAGCCUGGUGCGACUUCCCGCCGGGCUCCCAAGGCUUGCGGACAGCAGCCUGCAGCCCGAAACCUUGUCAGGGCUGGUGGGGGAAGGCUUGCGGAUAGCAGCCUGUUCUGGGGGCUGGGGUCGGGGGAAGCUCAGGCUUCCCCUGCCCCAGCCCUGCGCCUGGAGGGGGAAAUAAUUUUUUUUCUUUAUUUCCCCCCCCCAAAACUAGGUGCGCCCUAUGGGCCGGUGCGCCCUAUAGGGCGAAAAAUACGGUAUAUUAUCUCUAUUUUGCUAUAGAUUUUCCCUUCUCUCAAAGUCUGCUCAUGAAUGCUGAGAUACCUUGGGCAUGGUACAGUGGUGCCCCGCAAGACGAAUGCCUUGCAAGACGGAAAACUCACUAGACGAAAGGGUUUUCCGUUUUUUGAGCUGCUUCGCAAGACGAAUUUCCCUAUGGGCUUGCUUCGCAAGACGAAAACGUCUUGCAAGUUUGUUUCCUUUUUCUUAACACCGUUAAUACAGUUGCGACUUGACUUCGAGGAGCAACUCAUAGACCGCAGUGUACAUAGUAGCCUGAUUUGAGGUUUUUAAAGACUUUGGUGAUUUUUGAAGCUUUUCCAAAACUUCUUUGCAGCCAUUUGGUAAGUUAAGCUUUUAAAACUUUUUUGGGGGGGUUUGGAUUUUGGGUUGGGGUGUUUGGAAUUCAAGGACUUGGUGUUGGGGAGGGGUUUGCAAGAAUCUGGAAGCUUGUGUGUUUUUUUUCUGCAUUUUUAUGAUUUUCUGUGACCAUUGGGCAACUCUGCUGUUUUUUUAAAAAAAUUCUGGGUUUGAAUUUUGAAAUGCUCUUUACAGUAUGUGUGACUUUAAAGAGCACUUAAUAAACUCUUGUUGUACCAAAUUUGGCUUUGUUUGGACUUUUUUUGACCAUAGGAACACAUUAAUUGAUUUUCAAUGCAUUCCUAUGGGAAACCGUGCUUCGCAAGACGAAAAAUUCGCUAGACGAAAAAAUUCGCGGAACGAAUUAAUUUCGUCUUGCGAGGCACCACUGUAUGGGAUAUGUUGUUGGAGGCUGCAAAUAGAGGAAGGACUUAAUGGAAAUCUCCUUCCUUAAACUAAAGGAAGAGCAGUUUAGGAUCCAAGCCAGUAAUGCUAACUUAUAUCUAUGAGUUUCCUCUUCAUGUGGGGAUAAAGUAUAGUGGCAAGAGAAUUUGCAUCCUACACCUUUGUUGGUAGUUCAGGUUAGCAUGGGUACAAAAAUGAAUAAACAAUAUGAAAAUCUCUCAGAAUUAGUAAUUUGCAUAACAUUUUGGUGGUUGUAGGAGGAUGAGAAGGCAGCUGCAGAAAUUUAUGAAGAAUUCCUUGCUGCUUUUGAAGGAAGUGAUGGUAAUAAAGUGAAGACGUUUGUCAGAGGAGGUAUUGUUAAUGCAUCUAAAGGUAAGAUAUGCCACCAUACUACAUAGACUUAUUUAUCAGGAAUAUUUUGAUUACUUAAUUUUUUUUCCUACUUAAAAUGUUUGGGUUUCAAAUUAAGAAAUAUUUCUGACAUAUUUCCUUCUAAUGAUGAAGUACCAUGAAGCACAAUAGUUAUGCCCCGCCCCAAAGCAUGCAUCUCAUUUUGAGAGCCCAAUGGGGCUUUAGACUUGAGAUUUUUGAACAGCAACACCCUGCUUCCCAUGUAAUCUGGCAGAAGAAAAAAAAACCUUUGGAAAGGUGUGCAUUUCUCAGUUUGUGAUAUUGCGGGUUGGGAAACUCUAUUUUAAAGGGGAGAAAGUUAAAAGGCACAUUGCUAGUGUGUUCAAAUAGAAUCUUUCAGUAACUAUUAGCCUGUCUUUCAGAAGAACACGAAACUGAUGAGAAACGAGGAAAAAUCUACAAACCUUCAUCAAGAUUUGCAGAUCAAAAAACCCAGAGCCAGAGCCAGUCAUCUUCUUCUAAUGAGAGGCCUCCAUCCCUUCUAAUAAUAGAAACCAAAAAGCCAGUAAGUUUAGAUUUUGCAGGUUUUUUGUUUCCCUAUAUCUUGUUUUGAAAAUACAUUAAUUACUAUUUUAGUUAUUUAUGCUUUUCAAGUGAAUCGUAUAAAGUGAUGUAGAUGAAAAUUAUGGAAUAAAGCAGAAAAGACAAACAGGAAAUUCCUUUAGUGCCAAACCAUGUUUUGGUGUCAUUUACGAAAAGUGAAAAAGUCAAUAUUAUUAUCAUUAUUUAUUGCAUUUAUUGUUUACCACAUAAAAUAUCUCAAAGUGACUUAUAGUUGUGAAAGCAUAAACAGUGCAAAAUUUAAAAUAACAUCAUUUCUGGUGGUAUUUUAUUUAAGAAACAUUUCUAGAAGAAUGUGCUGUUAUAUUAACUGCUUUGAGAUGUUGAUAAAAUGGUCAUUGUGUGUUCCUGAAUAUUAUUCAACUUGUGUUAUUAGCCUUUGAAGAAGGGGGAGAAAGAAAAGAAAAAGAGCAAUUUGGAGCUUUUUAAAGAAGAAUUAAAACAGUAAGUAUUUGCCUUCAUGUUGGUUCAGAUAAUCAGAUUUUCAGAAUUUGAUUUCUGUUAAAAUGUCAAUAUAGGACAGAUUGGUGAUGAAUAAAUAGCCUAAGUCCUGUUAGUAUAUUGCUUGAAUUUUAGAUGGUGUCUUCUAAUAUUAGCAAAAAUAUUAAUGCCCAGGAAUAUAGUCCUAUAAUCCCAUCUAUAAAGAUUUUUUUAGAAUUUGGAAAUUUGGAAAAUUGCACAAAAUAUAGAAGCAAUAGAAUAUAUAUAUGAAUUAGGGAAGAUCAAAAACCAUACUGAGUGUUCUGAAAAAUCCUGGCUCCUCUUAUUUUAGCCAAGUAAUAAAUAUGGAUCUACAUAAUUGUUCUGUUUUCUGGUGUUUAUAUGUGUUUCUCUUACAAAUGUAGGCUAUUUUAAUUUGUUUUAAUAAAAUAGGAACAAAAUGCCAGUGGAGAUGUUCUUUACAUGCUAUGCUAUGCAUAGAAUGCAGAAUAGAUGAUAUAACUGGCUUACUGUUAAGUUACAUUUUCAUUGAGUAUUAAAAUACAUUUUUUUGUGUUAAAAAGUAGCAUAACUACAGUAUAAUAGACUGUGUCAGAACUGCUGUCAUUCACUUGCACUGAAAUGUUGAAGUAUAUUGUAAACUACUACAUGAAAACGAAAGUUACGUUUUAAAGACUACAAGGCUGGGCCCAUGGGAGUUGUAGUCCAGAGCUCUGGAGGGCACCUGGUUGAAGAAGGCUGCUAUACAUCAAUAAGAUGAAAGUCUCACCUGUGAAAUUUUGAAUUGUGCAUGCAGUUUUUAUUGGGUUGGAUCCAGACUCUUGAAUUUAGUCCCUAUUGAAAUCAGUUAUAACUUAUUUCAUUGAUUGCGGUGGGAUUUAAAUAAACUUAGUCUUGAUCCAGCCCAUUGUAGAUUUGGAGAAAUGGGGAAAGUUGCUCUUGUUUGAAGUGGAAUUACCUUGGGGCUAAACAUGACGACUUGACACAAGGAUAAUUGAACAGUCAUCCUGUGGGACAUUUAUUUUAAAGUAUUUAAAAAUGCUUCAGGCUGUUCUCUGUGUUGAAUUUUUUAAAAUAAAAAAACCCAUUUAACUAUAGCCAUUAGGAUUCCAACCAGUUACCACUUUCAUAAAAUAUCUUCUGUAGAAUUCAAGAAGAGCGUGAUGAAAGACAUAAAACCAAAGGUAGAUUAAGUCGUUUUGAGCCGCCUCAAUCGGAUUCAGAUGGCCAACGCCGUUCCAGUAAGUAGUUAUUAUAAUUUUAUUGUAGUUAUUUAAGUCUACAAAAGCUGUGGAAUUAAUAGGCAUAUUUUGCUUCCCUUAGUGGAUACGCCUUCAAGAAGAAACAGAUCUUCGGGUGGUAAUAAAGUUUCAUAACUAUUGAAUUAAAAUCUUUUGUUAAUGUAAAACUUACACUUUCGAUUACAUCCUGUUUUCUUUUUCUUUUUAGUAUUGGAUGACUAUGCUCCAGGUUCACAUGAUGUAGGAGAUCCAAGUACGACAAAUUUGUACCUGGGAAACAUUAAUCCCCAGGUAAUGAUUGCAGUAAUUGACGUUUGGACCAAUCCUUCCUGUGUUAACUUUAUAUAUAUUCCCAUGUCUGCAGUAUACAAAUAUUAUUGUACAUAUUUAGGAUAGCACUUAGGUGUAUUAAAACCAUUUUUGCUGUACAGUCAUGAAAUGUCAAUUCUCAUUUUACAGCUAGGGAAUUGAUAGAAUCUCUUUGCAUGAAAUUAUCAGUAGCUGAGUAGAGAUUCGAGUUUCGGCCUCUGAGUUCCAGCUUUAUCUGCUGUACUUCGCCACCAUGUAUUCGUUUACAGUGGUACCUUGGGUUACAGACGCUUCAGGUUACAGACUCUGCUAACCCAGAAAUAGUACCUCGGGUUAAGAACAGAACAGAAAUCGCGUGGCAGCAGCUGGAGGCCCCAUUAGCUAAAGUGGUACCUGAGGUUAAGAACAGUUUCAGGUUAAGAACGGACCUCCAGAACGAAUUAAGUUCUUAACUUGAGGUACCACUGUAACUUUUUGCAGAAAGCUGUUCCAAAAAUGGCUUAUAUUCUCAUGUUUAAAUAUAGUGGAAAGUAUGGUUCAAGCUCUAACAACAUGCAUGAGUGAAGAUGCUUCACAAGAACUUUGUUCUGCACUCUCCUGCUUAAAAAGAGAUUGACGGAAUGAGAUACCAACAUUCUCAUGCCAGGCAUAAAAGCCACAGAAAAGAAAAAAAGCUUUGCUUGCCCACUUGCACUUCCCUUUAUCUUUUUUGUUAGUCUUUCUGCUUUAUGGCUAACCUUUCCCCCAUUGAGUCAUUCUCCCCCUCCACCUUCCUGCUGUGUCUGGGGAGGAGUGGCCAAUUGUUUCUCCUCACACAGCCUAGGCUUUUGGACCAGCAUAUAUUUGGCAGAUUUUUCACCAUUCCCAUACCUUGGAAUUAAUUGCAGGAUAAGUGGCCACAUGCUAUGUCAGUGAGCAAGGAAGUAAAUCUGUAUUGCAAGUUAAAGAUACAGCAGAUUAGUAUGUCUUAAAACUAGUUCCAAACUAUGAUUUGGUGCUAUGACAGUGAGCCUUCAAUCUGUGUCUGGCUUAUUCAUGGCCUUCUCAUAACACUUUUACAAUGCCUGGUUCCUUAGCUUCUUUCUUCUUGUGUCCAGUUGAAAGGAAAUCGUUGAAUCACAUUCUGGUUUCUUCCUAUUUGCUAUAGAUGAAUGAAGAGAUGCUGUGUCAAGAAUUUGGACGCUUUGGGCCUCUGGCAAGUGUCAAAAUUAUGUGGCCAAGAACUGAUGAAGAAAGAGCGAGAGAGAGGAAUUGUGGAUUUGUUGCUUUCAUGAAUAGGAGAGAUGCUGAACGUGCGCUAAAGAACUUAAACGGUAAAGAGAGGGUUUCAAAAAAACUUUUGAAAUAUGACAUUUGAGGAAAAGCAUUGGGAGAAGCAAUGCACCUUUUAGUGGAAAUUAACUGGGGCUAGAGGUAUAUUUUCUCUUUCAGUUGUGCUCCAUUGUUUUUUUUCCCCAUUGUGGGGUGCUCUAAAUUUUAGAAGAACCCUUCUGAGCCAACUCAAGCGGAACUAAGACAAAAAAGAGACAUCUUUGCUUUCAUUAAUCAUUCCCUCGUGGGGCACAAAUUAAUAAAAGGCGAAGGCUAGGAGGUAGCAUUGGAAUUUCUUUCAAGAUUCCAGAGUGAAAGAAUCCAGGAAAGGGGGAGGAAAAACCCCCCACUUUUGUACACCCUAUGCAAGUAUUGGGCACUUCACAAAAAUAAGUUGUGUUACUAUCAAAAAGGACUUGCGAUCUGAAAGGCUGCCUUCCAGUGUAGAAGAUUGUGUAGGCAGUUCGUAAAGUUGAAGGCGCGCGAGUGAGUAUUCGGCUACUUGAACUACAACUCCUUUAUAUGUAAUAAAGUUUUACUAUGCUUGCUGGUCUUCAGGGUCGGCAAUGCUUAGUUGCUCUAGACACAGUAUGUCCAGCCAGAUUCUUACUCUUGUCCUUCUUAAGGAUUGGAAGCAUACAUUUCUCCUAAAUAAAACUGAGAGUGCAGGACUUAGCGGAGGGGGGAGAAUUCACAUUCUGGCAGCAGCAGGCAGCAUUAUUCUUUGAUACAUGACACAAUAAGUGAGCUUUUAUGUGGACACCACUUGUUUUCAUUGAAAUACUGCUAUUUCUUUCAACUUGCCUAUUUCUAAACCAAUGCAAUCUUUCAUUUGGCAGGCAAGAUGAUCAUGUCUUUUGAAAUGAAACUAGGCUGGGGCAAAGCUGUUCCUAUUCCUCCACAUCCUAUAUAUAUUCCCCCCUCCAUGAUGGAGCAUACUCUCCCGCCACCUCCUUCAGGCCUGCCAUUUAAUGCUCAGCCCAGAGAGAGGUUGAAGAACCCAAAUGCUCCAAUGUUGCCGCCGCCAAAAAACAAGGAGGAUUUUGAGAAGGUAAAAAGUUAACCAGGGCCAUACCUCAUCUUUAUAAAUGCUAAAUCUAUGGUAGUCUUUAAUAUUGUUUUUAUAGAAUUGUACUGUCCAGGUCUUAGCUAAAACUGAGUUGUUCCCUGCCUUAGCUUAAGAAGCCUCAUUUCAGAGGCAUUGCCUUGGUAUAUUUAUGCCACAGAACUGGGCCUUGUUUUUCAUUGCACUUUUAAAUCUGGCCGUCUUGGGGUUUUUUCCCCCUCCACGCUCCCUGGUUUUCCCCCCUCUUAUGUCCCCCUUUUUGUUAGCUGCCAGAUUUGCAUUAUCUAAAUUAUUUCAUUUUAAAAGGCUAAAUUUUAAAUCCAGGCAGAUAAAUUAACACUAAAACGAGCUCACAAUUAGUUUUUUUUUUAAAUGAAGAAAAUUAUUUCAGACAUUGAUUCAGUAGCUGAAGAGGGCAGGAUAUUUAAAAGGAUAUUAGUCUUUAGAACAUGGUAAGUAUAUCUUAAAACCAAGUGUAAGGUCACAAUGAUAUAAUAAGUUGUAAAGUUCUUUAGAGUUGGAAGGGUUGGGAACUAGAGGUCAGUGCAAAUGUAACACUCUUGUUUGAAUUGAGAGCUGGCUGCAAGGUUGUGUGCCCCAUCACUUUCUGAAGUGUAAAUUGGCCAUUGUUGGCCUUAACCAUGGCUAACAGUUGUGUUGGCAGUGUUGCUGGCUGUGAAUAAGGCUACCCAGGGAUCGCUCCCCCAAGCAGGAUCUGAAAUCAAAGGUCCAAGCUUGGAUUCUCAUCCUGGUUAAGUGAGAGUCCUGAUUAGCCUUAACUGUAGUCAGUAUUACUGCAGAUGUAAUGAUUAACUGUGGUUAAAGCCAAUGGUGCAGAUUGGAGAAGUCAGUCUUCAGAAAGGAGGGGAUGGAAAGGAGCACAUAGUCUCACAGCCUGAUUACUUAACCAUGCUUAAGUAAAUCAUAAGCUAUAGUUUGUGCAGGACCCAAGUAGCAAAUGGAAGGGAAAGAAGAUUUCUUUUUUUCUUUUUACAUUGGUCUUUCAUCUAGCAAGCCCCUUCAUAUGCAUGCAGUGGACUUGCCAGGGCAUAGUAAGGUUUUGAUUUUUCCACUUCCUUUAAAGCCUUUCCCCUAUUCUGUACUAGGAAACUGUUUCCAAAACGCAAGAGGCCUUUGGAAAUGGCUACUGAUGCAGUAGAGGGGAAUUGCUGUUAGGAAAAAGAAAAGCCCUGCUGUGUGCAUGGAUCCUGCCUGCUCCUCUAGAUUGCUGCCAUUGCCAGUAUAGUACCUAUUCAGUGCAUUGAUGUGCAUUCUCUCAGGAAUGUUCUAGUGCUUUGAAAUUCGUGAACCUUCAGUGGUUCGCUGCACACAGCCAUUUGCUCUUUAUGUAAAUCCGUAGUGUAUAACUUCGCAGCAGUGAUUGCCUGCAAAACUUGUGAUAGAUGUGUAGUAUUUUCAAUGCAUAUGUAUUUUUUUGCUUGUUACUUGUUAACAAUACUCACAUAUUCUAUGUUUAUUAUCUGAUGUGACUUCAUAUACAGACUCUGUCGCAAGCCAUAGUCAAAGUGGUUAUCCCAACAGAAAGGUACAUUUUUUUCUUUAUUAUUACUGAUCUAAAUAUAGCAAAUAUCCCCUUUUGGAAUUUUACAGAAAAAGUGUCAUGUUGAGGAAAGUUUUAGGCUUGACUGAGCAAUGGUUAUACCACCCAGGUUGGCAGUGAGAAUGUUGGGAUCUAUAUUAAAAUUGAGGUUUCAUUUAUUUUAACUAGUAUUUCAGUUCAGAAUGAUAAUUUAAACGGAUUAAAUAUGGGAUUAUUUUAGCAUGUGAAUGAAGACUGCUGUAUUUCAGUAAAAUUCUGAGUGGUGUAUAGAUUUGCCGAAUGACUGAUAGCUUAAUGGGGGAUAGCAGUAUAGUCUCUCUUAUCCAGAUAGCCUGAGAGUAUCCCAUAAGCAUUUACACAGCUAACCUGUGACCCUUUAGAUGUUGCUGGAUUACGAACACCCCAUCAGCCCCAGCCACCAUGGCAAGGGUAAGGAAUUAUGGCAGUUGUCCAACACCAUCUGCAGAGCUACAAGUUAGGCACUCUUGUUUAACUACACAGAUAACCAGAAAGAUAUAAAUGCUACUUACAUUAUCAGAAGGUUUAAUGGAGGAUAUAAAAUUGGGAUCAUUAGAAGAAUUUGGUUACUAAGGUUAGGAUAACUAUAUGUUCUUUUCUGUAAUGUUUCCUUAAAGGCUGUUUUGUUGCACUUGCCCCAAUUACGUUUUGUUUCCCCGAGUUAGGAGUGUCUAAACAUGGAAGAUAGCCACAUAGCCCAGAGAUUUGGCACCAAGGGUACAACUCAUGAUUAGUGCAGUGUAAGUGCUAGGCAUACCCUUGCUCAGCCAAGCACAAAAUUAUUCUCAAACAUUGUAACACAAACACUUGCUUUAAAAAAGAAAAGAAAAAGGAACACCAAAGAAUUCAAAUUCUCUUUGACAUUGGCCUUGGUGAGCAACACCAGCUGAACUGUCUGCGGCAGCGGGGGACCAGGAAAACAUCAUGGGAUGGAUUGGGAAAGUAUACAGUUUUUGACCAGACACUGGUACGAUCGGCUCCAAUUAAUGUGGUUUUAUUAUAACUGAAAAGACUUUUUUGUUGGCCAACUUAAUGUUUGAAAUUUUUAAACUAUCAUCCUUUCAUGCUACACUGUUUUUGUCAUGAACAUUCUCAGUACUUUUGUAGCAAGGCUGUAAGUUUUUGAGAGAGCAGUGAAGACAUCUUUUCCAUACAUAAAACACACAGUAUUAACGUAGAGGAGUUGCAGCUUCUGGUGUUGAGGAGUAGUAGUGCAAUGGGGGAUAGUUGAGAUGGGCCAAUAAAACGUGGUUGCAAACAUUUAGAUAGAUUUUUGUUGGCUAGCGUUUAAAUUAAUAUCUUUUAGAAAAAGCAGAGCUCCUAUUUUGCUCACUGCAGCAUUUCAGUCUGUGCCAUAGAAACUGUUCCUAUGUACAUCUAUAACUGUAUUUGAAAGUAUUAAUAGGAAGCAUUUUGAGCCUCCUACUAGAAAUUCUAUUGACAUAAUUUUGGUGAAACAGUUAAUGAACAUUUCCAGCAUAUGCUUUGAUCUACUGAGACUGCAACAUUUCUAGUAAAUUAGUUUUAUCUGUGAUGCUGUUCAGCGACCAAAAUGCAAGAGCAUCAGCUUUGAACAGUAAGAAGUGGUCAGAUUGUGGCUCAUCUUUAACAGCUUUGCCAUCCUGUCCUGUUGUUGCUCCUGAGUGUGAUGCAAAGUUUUCAGAGAUUGGAUGCUGCAGACCUCUUAUUCCUUGAUAAAGGGUUUGGUUUAAUUUUUUAAAAAACUUCAUUUGGAGCAUAAGGGACUGAUAUGCAGAAUCAACAUUAUGCGGGGGGACGUGGGACGUAAUACUUUCAAAUGUAUCAAAGGAAUGCAAAGAAGGGCAGGUUUGUGCUAAAGGAGAAGUGGCUUACCAUCAGGGCUUAUUGUGAAGCCUAGGCACCUCAGUUAAUAGCUUUUUAUAACUUGUGUGCCACUACUGAAUAUGCCCAAUUACUGUAAGUAAUGUGAUCCCAAAGGCUCUUAAAGGUCAAAACCAAAAAUGACUUCCUGCUAUUGGUAUUUUCAAAUACAGUUUGUACAUACUCAGAUUUUUUUCCACUUGAGACUUCCAGAAAACUGCAGUGAGCAAAAUGAUUACUAAGUUAUUUGGAAUGUGUGUUGAGCAGCGGUUCUUGGUUGAUCAUAGAAAGUUUUUAGGAUAAGACUUCUAGACUGCUUCUAGUAGUUAACAGCAUGUUUUAAUUGUAGUAAGAAUAGUCCUAAUAUUCAUGAAGGCAGGAACAGAUUUCCCUUUUUAAGUUGUCAAACAGAUGUGCAUUACUGUGAGUGAUUAAGAUUGGACAAAGUCCUAACGUGCAAUGAUAUGCACAUUGAAGAUCUAUGAAAAGCAUUAAGCAGAGUAUGACACUUAGGAAUAAUUGUAGUUUUAAAAUACUGAGACAUGCAUCUCGUUUAGUAGUCACAAACACCUUUUGAAUGUGGCAGGAAGCCAAUACUGCUUUGAUUUAAUGCAAAUAGCAUCUGUAGUAGGAUGAAAUUGGGGCUGCUGGGGGGGAAAUGUACUGCUUUUAUUCUAAUACAUAUUGUGAUAUCUGUCUUGGUAUACAACUGAGCAACCCAGGGAAGCCCUUUUCAUGUGCAAAUGAGCAUGCAUGCACCAUGGGUUUUUCAUGGAUUUGAUUGAUUUCUUUUUAAACUCCGGAAAGCUUAAACUGCAGUUUAUAGUGCAGCACAAACUACUGCUGUUCAGAAAAAUACUUCUUUUUUAAAAAACAAUACCCUGCCCCAUUGUGUAUGGAUCUCUUUGCUCUUCUCUGGAUUGUGGUCAAAGGCUUGUAUCUGAAGAUAAAUUAAUUGAAUGGAGUUUGAUGGAAGAAAAGUUUUCCGCUUUCUUCUACUGCAGCCACCUGUACCCCAUGAGAAGCCUCUCUGGAGGGUUGGGAUGGGGGAGCUCCUCAGCAAUUUUGGAUGUGGCCAAAGUUGGCCAACUCAGUUUGGGCUGGUUUCCCCCACCUCCUGUUUUGGCUAACUUCCCACUCCAUCUCUCGUUUUGGAGGAGGGCCCCUGGCUCUCCAGUCAAGCAUUUGUGGGAGCUCAGGUGGUUACAGGCAGACGAAGGGACAAUAAACUUUCUUUCCUUGACCUGUCUUAACUUAGGAUGUAAGCAAAUCGGAUAUAUUCCAAAAUUAAAAACUUUUCUUACUAUAUUGUAGUAGUUGAUUUUUACAUUUUUUUAAUGUUGACUUAAAUCCUUGAGUGCAAUUUGAAAUGGCUAAUGAUUGAAAAUUAUUGUUCAUGGUAGAGAAGUGAUUAGAACUUGUGGCUCAAUAAUUAUUAUUACUAAGCGGUAUGUUGUCACAGUUGACAGCUACCUUUUCAUGGAAUAAAUACUCGCCUGAAGAAAAGUGUUCUUCCUAGUGUCCUUUAAAGUAAAAUGAAAAUUGUAUCCUGGUGGCUUCUCAUCCAAGGAACCUGAUUAAGAUCAGGUUCUUAGGCACUCAACUUUCAGCAGUACUGAAGCAUAAGCUGCCAUACCGUUUCCUUCCGCCUCUGUUGUAUUUUGAUGGUUAGCAUUUGUGUGUGUAUGCACAACAUUUUAAAUUUUAAUUGAGCUUAAGCAAAAGAUUUUAUCAAACAAAAAGUUUAAUUUUGAGCAGAGUAUUCUCCUGCAGCACAAUUCUAUGCAUGUCGAAUCAGAAGGAGGCCCCAUUGAGUUCCAGUGGUCCUACUCCCUGAUACGUGUGCAUAGAAUUGCAUUAUUAUAUUUAGAAACACAGUUUUUAUUGCAUUAGUUCUGAUUCAGGCAAAAGUGAAGAACAAACUGGAAAAGAAUAUUGCAUUUCUCUUUCUAAUAUAAUUCAAUGAGCCACAGGACCUACUACUACUUUAUACUAGUUUUAUUUUUGCCCAUCAUGGUGUUCAGAACACUGCUCCAAAUUCUUAAUUUGUAUAAAUCUUCUUAACUGUGCAGCAAAAAUAAUCUUCUCCAUUUAUUAAUACCUUAGGUGGAGUGUAGUUUGUUUAGUGUUAGGUCUGAAUCAAUUUUUCUUUAACUGUGUUGUUGUUGUAGGAAUUUGCUUGCGCUGAUACAUCGAAUGAUAGAGUUUGUGGUGCGUGAAGGACCUAUGUUUGAAGCCAUGAUUAUGAACAGAGAAAUCAACAAUCCAAUGUUCAGGUGCUUAUUUUUCUAUUUAUGUUCAGUGAUGUCUUUGUCGCACGUACUGUCAUUGUUGCUUCAGUGCUGCUGUGUGCAGUUAUUCACAGACAUUUAUGCAAACCCUACUACUUUGUAGGCAUAGUUCUCACAAGCAGAAAAUGAGGUUUCAAGUAUUUGUGUGUAGUGCAUCUUUUCAGACACAAUUGACUAUAUUUCUUUAAAAAAAAUAAGUGACAGAAAAUAGGAAACUGACCUAACCUUUUCCUUGACAUGUCAGUCUUGUGUCUUCUUCUUCUUCUUCUCAUCAUCAUCAUCAUCAAAUUUGUAUACUGCCCCUAUACCUGUAGAAUCUCAGGGCAGUUCACAACAUAAAGUUCCAAUAUAAGAAUCACAAAAUCUCUCACUCCCGUUCUCUUAUUAUUGAAUAGUGUUUCAUGUGAAUAUUCACCUGCAGCCUGAAGUGGUACAGUGCAAAUACUGGUAUGCUACCAGAUCUGCUGCUUGUAAGAUCUAGGUCUUGAUGAUCUGAAUGUUGCAUAGAUCAAAGAAUGGUAGGGGUGUGGUAUAGUGGUAGAAACUAGGUUUUUUCUGGUGUUGAAAUGCUGCUUUUCUUAUGUUAGUGAUCUCAAUAGGGACAUGCUCUGAUUUCACACCCUCUGCUUUUUAUUUAGGUUUUUAUUUGAGAACCAGACUCCAGCCCAUGUAUACUACCGGUGGAAGCUUUAUUCAAUUCUACAGGUAAAAAUACUUUUAACUGCAACUUCUAAUAUUACCUGUGAUCGGCAUACUGGUUGCUUUGACCAUGGUUGUGUGUGUGUGGUUUUUUUAGGGUGAAUCACCAACCAAAUGGAGGACUGAAGACUUCCGUAUGUUUAAAAAUGGGUCAUUUUGGAGGCCACCUCCUUUAAAUCCAUAUCUCCAUGGGAUGUCAGAAGAACAAGAGCCUGAAGCAUUCGUAGAGGAACCUAGCAAGAAGGGUGCACUUAAGGAGGAGUAAGCAUCUUUAAAGAACCUAAUAUGUCAUCUUUUCACAUAGACAAGUGAUAGCUCAUCUGCACUAUUCCAAUGUGUAGAGAUAGGAGCCUACACAGAAAUUCCAGUAUGUGGAAGAGCUGGCCAACUUUUUUGAAAGCAUCCUAACACAAAGUUUCUUAGAAGUAACUAAUUUCUAAACAUCCAUGUUUCCCCUCCUGUUGAGUAUGGGUGAAAAUGAUAAACUACUACUAAAAUUCUCUCGUCUCAGUAAAAAAAUGUAUUGCAGAUUGUUCUCAGUUACUUUGACUCUGAAAUAGAAUGUUCAAUAAGGCUCAUUUAUAAAUAUACAGAAAAGGUGUUGCUAAGUUUUCUAAAAAUUUGAAACUGGAAUUUUAGACAGAGGGACAAGUUAGAGGAAAUCCUGCGUGGGUUAACACCGCGUAAGAAUGAUAUUGGAGAUGCAAUGGUUUUCUGUCUUAAUAAUGCUGAAGCUGCUGAAGAAAUUGUAGACUGCAUUGCUGAGUCACUAUCCAUCUUGAAGACUCCACUUCCUAAAAAGGUAUGGUUGAUUUCUCAACAGUUUUUAUGUUUUAUGUGUAAAUUUGUGCAUUGUUGAUUGGCUGCAAAGCAAUCAGUAUCUAUGUAUAUAGUAAUAACCAACUAUGAAAGAUGCUUUUUGCUUAAUUAAAAUUGUCUUCUGCCCUAGUUGUAAAGCUUUGUAAUAGUCACAUGUUCCUUUUGUGUUUUUCCUCUUUGAUUAAAAAUAAAUUGCACAGGUAUUUGCCUUUUGCAGAUUGUGCCAACUGUUCAUAACCCCCCCCCCCAGAAGUUGGACAUUGAGUAUUUUGGUGCUGAACUUUGGAUAGUUUGGCAUUUUGUAGCAGGAGUUUAUAUCGUGCACAUUUGAACAGGCUUUAUUUAUUUAUUUUUUAAAAACUGGUAUGCUAUUCUCUUAAAAUGGCAAUUUCAACUGGAUUUUCAAAGUUAUUUGUGGAACAGUAAUAUUGGUAACACUUCUAAAUUUUUUUUGCAGAUUGCAAGAUUAUAUUUGGUGUCGGAUGUGUUGUACAAUUCUUCUGCAAAGGUUGCCAAUGCUUCAUAUUACAGAAAAUUGUAAGUAUCAACAUUUUAAACUUUCAAGAAAAGUCAAAAACCUUUGUAGAUUUUGAAUUUUGCAUGUGCUACCUUGUAGUACAGUCUGGCACCUUGACAAAUCUGUAGGAGUACCAAUCUUUAAAAAAAUAUUUACACUUGGAUCAAUUUGGAGCCAACUUAAAAUUGUGUAACUUUCCUCUGUAGCAUGCACUCAUUGUUAAACUAGGAUAAUUUCUCUCUCUGUAUGUGUGAAUACAGUCAUACUUCAUGUUACGGACUCUUCAGGUUACGUGUUUUUGGGUUACGGACCGUGGGAAACCGGGAAGUACCGGAACGGGUUACUUCUGGGUUUCACCACAUGCACAGAAACGCUAAAUCGUGCUUUGCGCAUGCACAGAAGUGCUGAAUCGUGCCUGCGCAGACGCGGCGCUUCAGGAUGCGAACGCUGCGGGUUGCAGACGUGCCUCUGUCACAGAUUACGUCUGCAACCCGAGGUUCCACUGUAUAUACAUGUGCUAGGUGUCUUGAAAGGCUGGGUUUAUAGCAAUAAAUUUAUAGCAAUAAAUUUUGACAAAUUGUAGUAACCUUUCUAAAGGUUUUAUUCGUGAAGCUAAUUUUAGACCUAUUCCUAAAUGGGUGUGCUUAGGGCCUCUUCUGUAUAAUUAGAAAUUUGGGCGCACAUUUUUGUAGCUUAGAUGCAAGUUGAAUGACUUUCGCUGUGGCUUACUCAGUAAUGCAGACUGUAAUAUAUGAAAAUGUUGUUUCAGUUUUGAGACAAAACUUUGCCAGAUAUACUCUGAUCUGAAUGCUACAUACCGAACAAUACAAGGCCAUUUACAGUCUGAAAACUUUAAGGUAUGUGUAUGAUUAUUUAUUGAAUUUGUUUACUUCCAUGCAGUGAGCAGUUUCAGGGUGAAAACAGCCGUCCGUUGCAACUUAAAAGACUAACCAAUUUAUUAUCAUGCAAGCUUUUGUGGAUCAUAGACCACUUCAGCAGAUGAAUGAAGUGUAGCUGUGAAUUGGCAAGCAUAUAUAUGCAUGAUGGGGGCAGGGCAACAGAGAGAAGAGAUGGGAAAUGUAGAGAACUGAUUCAGAGGGAAAUGAAGAACGAAACCACCACUAGCAGAUAGUGAUAUUUAUCUAAAAGCAGAUUAGCUGCCGUGACCAAUUUAACAAGGCCAUAACACACACAUCUUGCUAUUGGUAAGCUAGUUAAUUCAAGUAGUGUGGAACAAUAAUAUCAGUUCUUGCCACAGGUGAUACAAUUUAUCAAGUGUUUCAAUUCAGUGGUAUCCCAUGGAACUUUCUCUUAGAAGUUUAUUUUUUAUUUCCAAUAUUUAUAUAUCACCUAACAACAAAAGUCCUCUGGGUGAUUUACAAGUAAAAAUUAAAAGCAUAAAAUAUGAUAGGAAACUAACAUCUUAACACACAGUAAAACCAGCCACGGAGAAUGACAUCAGUACAACAAAUAGAAAGUAAUAAUAAUAAUAAUAAUAAUAAUAAUAAUAAUAAUAAUACUUAUGACUGAAAAUGUCACCUGGCACCUUAAAAGACAGACCUCUCUGAGGGUGCCAACACUGGAAAGUCCCUCUCUAGUAGCCAACCUCAUUUGUUCCUUUAUUGACAUAAAAAAUGAAAUUAUAAAUAUAUAAUGUAAAUAAUAUAAAACAGCAAACAAAAUAGUGUUGUAAAAAUAUAAGUGUUAAAUAAAAGCUGUUCUGCUUGGUGCCAAAAAAUAAUUAGUGCAAGCCUCUCUGGGGAGAAAAUUGCAUUAGGAACCUGCCCUUCAAUAAAUAUACAACCUUUCAUGUCAGAAACAAAUGACUUUGUUUUUCACCAAAGCAAAGUUUGUGUAUAGUUUGCUGUGAAAAUAAAAUCCCAAUUAAAUAUAAAUAGUGCAGUCUACACUCCAUUGCAGUCUGCACCAAAUAUAUUGGUUUUUAUUGGCUGUACCUAAGUCAUACUUGGAGUAGACCCAUUGAAAUCAGUUGACUCAAGUUAGUACUUAACAAGGAUUUCCGUGGGUCUGCUUUGAGUAUGACUUUGCUGGAUGUCCCCCAAGUUUACUAAACACAUCAAAACCGAUAUGAACAUUCUGUGACGGGUGCAGUGCUAAUUAGAUAGGUGGCGUUGUGCUUUGUGUAAUGUUCUUAAAGUACUUCUCAAUACAAAUGACUAGCAUUGUUUACUACUUUUAGCAACGGGUAAUGACAUGCUUCAGAGCAUGGGAAGACUGGGCGAUUUAUCCAGAACCAUUUUUGAUCAAACUGCAGAAUAUUUUCUUGGGGCUUGUAAAUAUUAUUGAAGAAAAGGAAGUGGAGGUAAGUGUGAGAUAAGACCAUUAUUGGUACUAUUCGUUUGGAAGCAAACAAGAGAAUCUGAAGCCUUACAGGUAAGGAAAUCAUAGCAGAGGUUUGUAGCUGGACUCUAGGGCAUGAAGGCUUCUCUUGGUUCCCAAAUGAAUCUUUCCUUUCAUUUGAAGUUGCAUAAACACAGUUUUCCCCUAAUGUGAAUGUUAACAUUGUCCAUACCUUUGCCUUUGAACUAGCUCAUUUACCAGUUACGUAUUGGAAAUUACUUGGAACCUGAAGCACGUGCAUUGCCUCUUUAUCAGUAUUCAGGUGUGUGUUUGUGAGUGAGAGAGAAUUUUAAAAUACCUGAAUGCUUGAGACCAGCCUCCAUCUCUUCCAUAUUAUGUGGUUAGAGUUGGAAUUAACGGAUUAAAAUACAUGUUGUCUAUUAGGGCAUUUGUCUCAAGAAGCUGGAAUGUGUCUAAAAAGUUGUUAGAGCCAAGAAUUUCUAACCUGUGGCUAAUUCCUCACAGGUGCAAGGAGAAGCAGUUUUGAGAAACGUAUAGUUGUUGAGAGUUGGUUGGUUUUGUAAUUAGAGCAGAAGAUACAAACAACUUAGGGCCUGGUUCGCACAGAGAGUUGUUCUUGUCUUACGGCUCAUGGUUUGUUUGGAGAGAAGCAAAUGAGCCUAAGUUUGACAAGAAGUCACAGUACAGUUUGUCUCUUCGCCUGUACAGUAGCAGUGAGGAAGGAGCAAAAUGCCCAUAGUUUCAGCAGCAUGUGUAAAGCAUAGUUUAUUUUAAGUACUAUUUCAUGUGAAGUGCAGGCCAGGCCAAAAUUAUUGGGUUAUCCAAACCAUAAAUAUGUACCACUCACGCCAGAUGUCUUUUGUGAAGUAAUUCAAGAAAGUAAGCAGGAGAGAUUACAUCUUUUGUAUAUAGACUUACUGCAGUGUAAACAAUAAAUGAACUACAUGAAUAUGGGAACUCCGCUAUCUAUUACCUGGUUUCUGAAGGGAAACUUGGAAAGUGUUUGCAUGUGCUGAACUCUUUUAUAUUAUUAAACACAAACAUUGGUGUCCCCUCCCCCCCUCCCCCCAAGAAAUUGUGCAUCUACUACAUUUAUGGACCCUGAGGAAAAUGUAUUAUAUCUCUAACCAGGGUCUUACUUCUGGCAUCUUCAUGUAUUGUGUGAAUGGUAAACUGCUUUGCAUACUUGACAGAGGUCUUUAAUGUGUCAAGUAAAUCCAGAAACUUCCUAUGUGUUCAGUUGUACAACAAACUGUGAUGCUAGCAUACUAGUGGUGCUAGUAGCACCCAGAUGUGGAAAACAGUAUGCGCAGGUUGAAAGACUGGGGGAAUCAGACAUAUUGUGCAGAUGCCCAUGUCACAUUGUAUAUCGGGUGCACACACUUCAGCCCACAAGGAAAAGUGCUGGAUUUGUGAAUUGCCCCAUAAUAGGAGGUGAACCUAAUAGCUCUGCACAUUUUUGUGAACUAAAUGCAUAAAAUGUAUCAAAUGAAGCUGUAACAACUUGAGGAAAACACUGUGCAUAUAAAACUUACAUUUGGUUUACAGGAAGUACCCGAUGAUCUCGAUGGAGCUCCCAUUGAGGAAGAGCUUGAUGGUGCUCCUCUAGAAGAUGUGGAUGGAAUUCCUAUUGAUGUUGCUCCAAUUGAUGAUCUUGAUGGAGUCCCUAUUAAGACGCUUGAUGAUGACCUUGAUGGUGUUCCCUGUAAGGAAUACUAGAUUUAGUGUACUUAGAAGCCUGCACUUUCUCACUGCAAAACGCACGUUUAAUUGAGGCCCCAUUUUUUCUGGUACUUCGGCGUUUAAAAUGCAGUGUUGCUGAGAUUUGAGAACAGGUGUUUUUAUUAGAUAUUUGGCUUCCAUAGAAUAAUAGUAGAAAAAUGGAAGAUGUGAGGUCUGUUGGUUAUUACUAUUCUGUCCAUGUUCAAUCAUAUAUAAGCAAGAUCUGUAUUUUCAUUACCUUGUUAGGCUAUAAAUCAACUUGGGGCAGAAACCCUUUUAUUACAGGUUUAUCUUGAAUGCCUCCUAAAAUUGAUAGCUCCAGUGCAAAAUGAUAACAUAGCAGAAAGACUACAGCGACUCCUUUGCACAGGAUAGCUCAAAUGUUCCUAGAUCCCACAGAGCUUUAGAUCAGGCCUCUCAUAAUUUGUGCUCAGAUUCUGGAAUUUAGAGGGGCUUGAGUGCAUGUCUCCCAGAAUUAUGAUCUCUGUCUAUGUCUUGGUCUUCUCCCUGACAUACAAGUUUCCAUAUGCAGUAGGCUUUUAUGUGAAGUGAAUCCUCUGCCUUUACUUUAAAAUGGCAUGGGCCUUAGAAGAUUGCGUUAUGGGCCCUUCCUGAAUAUUCAGGUCUGCCAUUCUAAAAGCACAAGGUCAUAGAUCCCAUUGGUGGGAUGCUUCUGAGUAAACAUGCAGAGACUUGCUCUGCACGUAAUCUUUUACUUGCAGCAACGUAUGCUGAAGCCUGCACCUUUUAAAAUAGCUUAUCUUUUUCAAGUGCCUGAUAUAAGAGAGAGCAUACUAAGCUGGACUACUUUGGAAUGUUGGUCAUUGCUAUAAUCUUUUAUUCAACAGUGGAUGCUUCUGAAGAGUCUAAAAAAAAUGAGCCAAUUUUCAAAGUUGCCCCUUCAAAGUGGGAAGCAGUAGAUGAAGCUGCACUUGAAGCUCAAGGUUAGUGUCAUAUCUAGCUUCUGCCACUUUCGUUACGUACAUUUCAGUUAAAUGGGUUUUAGUUCAGCAUUUCUUGCUAAAUAUUAAUGAAGCAAUACUUUAAAUUCACUAGCAGACAUCACAAGUGCUGCUCUUAUUCUGGAACAGUGCCAUUAAAUAAAAAAGUUAGAAUUUAACUGCUAUGCAGCAUAGCUACAAAUACCUUUUUAAAAAAUAAGAUUUAUAUAAUUUUAUGUAACACUGGCCAAGUGCAAAUGCUAUCCUUAGAUUAUUCAGAAGGAAAGGAGCUGGCUUCCUCCCGAUGGCCCUAACAGUCUUUCAGGCAAAAUCUUUAGCCCAACUUCUAUAUGGCUCUCAAAUUAGCCCCUCUGCCAACCUUAAGACCCUUGAAACAGUACAAUCUAAAUUCUUAAGAUCAUUAUUUGCUACCCCUAAGUGUACACCUAAUGCAGUCUUAAGGCAAGAGGCAGGACUGCCCAGAGUGGAAUUAAAAGUCUGGGAACAAGCAAUAUCCCUCUGGUUGAAAAUCCAUUACAAUCCUAAGGGUCUAUUACCUUGCUUCCUGGCCGCAGUUCCCUAUCCUCCUUGGCUUAUGCAAAUAACUAACAAGAUCAAACAAAUUGGCCUAAACCCUGAAAAUAUUUUUAUUGGAACUCUGAACAAGGCAAAAGCUACUAUUACUCGGAGACUUUAUGAUAUCGAAUUACAACAAGAAGGCGCCCUACUCCCAGAGACGUAUAGAUGUUUAAAAGCUUGGCCUAACUUUACAGCUGCCCCUUACUUAACCAACAUCACUAGCGAAGCCUAUAGAUGGGCUUUCUCAAGAGCCCGCGUUGAGACAAAGCCCACAGCAGUGCUGUACCGCAAAUUCACGCGGGUUCCAAUGCAUGCGCGUCUCUGCCCUUGUAUGUCUAAUAAGGUAGAAUCUGUCACACACAUUCUUCUAUCUUGCGAAUUCUAUAGUGAAGAACGAGCUCAACUUAUUUUACCGCUUCUAUCAAAAUUUAUACCCCUUCAAUAUUAUUUGGAAUCCUCCCUGAAAUUCUUCGAAAAUACCUCCUGGAAGAUUCCUCAAGCUCAGUAUCAUAUGAGGUGGCUAAAUUUUGCACUUUAGUAAUUAAGAAACGUAAAUCUCUUCUGUCGAAUGGCACACUGCGAAGUUCCCUUGUGUAACCUUUUUUCUUUUCUGAAGUUGUUGCUGAUUUCUUGUUGUCUGAUCUUGGGAUGUUUAGUGUCACUGGCUUUGGCCGCAAUAAACUUGAAACUUGAAGGUAACACUGGCCAAUGUUUUUGCAUUCCCCCCCCUUACUAGCGGUAACAACAUCUAAAUGGGAGCUUUUUGACCAGCAUGAGGAAUCUGAAGAGGAAGAAAAUCAGAAGUAAGAAUUAAGGUGUUCUGUAUGUCUUUUCUCCCCCGUUUCCCAUGGCCACUCUGAUCCUAAACAUAUUACACAAUAACAAGGAUCAUUUCAAACAUGCUAUGGGGGUGUGAAAUGUCUAUGCUUCUGGAGUCUCAUAUUAGGGAAGAGAUAAGCCUCCCAUGGAUAAAUACAAAAGUUGUAACCUCAUCCAUUAAUGCACAUGUUUCCUUUAAUUACUGGACUCUGGUAGCAUAUUAGACCAAAGAGCUGUCUAUUCCUGCUUCCACGCCCAGUGAAAAUCUGUUCAAUGCCCCAUGUGAGUUAGGCUCUGUGGAGUUAUUUUAGAAAGUAAUGGUAAAAUCUCUUCUCCAUUAGUAUCUCAGAUAUAAAUGAUGUGGGUGCCAAAACAGCCUAGAGAAAAGGCAAGAGUGGAUUCCUAGAUAUGUGGGAGAUCCUUCAGGUUUUAUGGGAAAACAUUAAAAAAAGAUAUGUGGCUUCUAUCCCAAACUGAAUCUGACUGAUUCAGGUCCAUCUGAGAUUUGCCUGAAGUGGGUUGAGGCAGCCCCGGGUUGGGUUCAACAAAGGGGAGGACAAAAGGAAUGGGUUUUAAACCCUAAUUAAAUAUAUGGUUGGGUUGGGGCAGAAGUAGAUGCAAGCAAAGACUCUUGCCUGCCCUCCUCCCUCCCAUGGCUGCUGGCUGCAUGUUUAAUUAAGGUUUUAAACCCUACAUAUACAUAGGGCUAUGUGAGGCCCCUAUUUGGAUUUGGGGUCAGAUUGGGCCCAAAUGAUGCCCCAAACUGGCUCAGAGGGAGCUGAAGCGGCACUCUCUCAGUAGUUGGAUGCAUGGAGCCAAAUUGGGGCACAUGGUCUUCUUGUUGAAUCCAGACACAUCCUGGCUCAAAGAGAGGUGCUGCACUGGCUUUCCAUAGAUCUGGGCAUCCUCAUCAAUGAAGCACUCCAUGCAUUGUUGGAUCAGUCACUGUUGAUUCAUUGCUGGGUCAGUAACGGGGAAAUCAGAUGCACAUUUGCACUGCUUUGGUUUCACGCUGAGAUGUGUAUCCCCUCCCAUAGUUACUUUGAAACCAAUCCAGCAAUGAUAUACUGCAGCCACACUUCAUUGUGCUCUAUUAUACCUGUGUUAUAUUUCCUGUUCCUGGUCAAGCAAGUGACAUUUAUAUGGAAGGCUGCUUCUGCUUGUGAAAGCGUGAAUGAAGGGUUGAAAGGAAGCGUAAACAGAUAUAACCCAUCCUCCCCGUUUUCCCUGUGCUGUUCUUCUCCUCAGUAAUUUUUCUUUGCAGUCCACGCCUAGUAUUUUAAAUAAAAAGGAUAUUGUAUAAUAAUAGUAAGAGGAUGUUACAGAACAAAAAUAGAAGCAAAGUAUGCUGGCACAUGUAUCUGUGCUUGACUUUAUGUAAUGACAAAAUGCUCUGUUGGAAAAUGAUAAACAGCAGAUUUCCCCCAGAGAGAAUUAAUUCCUGUACUUCCAUUUUUUUAAAAAGCCAAGAGGAAGAAAGUGAAGAUGAAGAGGACACCCAGAGUUCUAAAUCUGAGGAGCAUCACAUGUACUCCAAUCCAAUCAGAGAAGAAAUGUCAGAUUCAAAAUCUUCAAGCAAAUACUCAGAAAUGAGUGAGGAAAAGCGUGCCAAACUCAGAGAAAUUGAGGUGUGUGAGAAAAACAUGGAUAAAAUUUAUUUUUAUACUCUGACAUAAUUGAUCAAGCAUAAAAAUAAUCAGUUUCCCUGUUUUCAAAUAUUUCACUUGGAUUUCAGGAGUGCUAAUCAAAUUUUAUCAUAUUUAAGAAUUACUUGUAUUUGUACUAUGUAUGUGAGGCUGGCACUGGGUCUUAAUAGUUUUAUUAUUGAGAGAUGUAACAUAAGGGAAACAUAGGUACAAACUGGAGGACCCUCCUGGGCAAAUUUUGGGGGAAUGUGAUGGGAGAAGAGGAAAAAGUUAAAUUGCACAAGCAAAAAACUAUUACACAGUUCAGUGGACAUAAUUAGGGCAUUAUUCAAUCAUAGCAAGUGUUGGGAAAUAAAUAGGGGAGGGCAGAAGAGGCAACAAUUGAGCCAUACACAUGAGAAGCCUUGAACAUUUUGAACUUUGAAGCCCAUAAUGUACUGAGCAAGUAUAUUUCUAAGCUACUUAUUUUGCAUAAUUAUUGGAGCCUAUGCACUUUAUUCAGUCUUGAUUUAAGGAUGAUAUUUGAUCUCUUCUCAAUUGUUAGAAGAGAGUGGUGCUUUUAUUUUUGAAUUUCUAAAGCACUUAUUGCAUUCCUAGAAUGUAGGAAGAACUGUUGGGUAAAAGUGUAUUCUAGUCAUAACUACUUGGAAAGUCUAGGGUGCCCUCUGCUGGUGAGAAGAGUAUAACUGUAUUGCAAAAUGAGAUUGGUCCUUUAGGAUUAAUGGAUUCUUAUUCAUGGAUGCUUAUUUUAAGGAUCCCUUUUCUAAAUAUGAUCUCAAAUAUUAGGAAUAGUAAUGCCCAAUGAAAGUCAAUACAUUGGGGUAUAAUAAUCUCUAAAUUUAUUGUAUGAUCUCCAUUAAGGUUUUAAGCUGCAUUCCUACUUGAGAGCGAGGAACUCUGCAUUAAUUUUCCUUUCAUUUUUUGAGAUUUAGCAGUUGUGUUGAGAUGUAAUGCUUAACCAUUGUUAAGCGUUAUGUGAAUGAGCCCCUUUCUUUUUUUCUCCUCCUGUGUGGUUGCUUUCAAUUAAUCACAGUUCAGGUUUACCUGUGGUUUAGGGUUCAGGCAUAAUCUUAAAUGAGACCCACUACCUGCCAGUGUAGACAGUACUAAGUUAGAUGACCAGUGGGCUGACUUGAUAUAAGGUCGCUUCCUGUGUUCCUAAUUUGGCUUGUUUCAGUGGUAAAAGCUAACAGCAGUUUGUCCCGGGAUAAUGCUAAACUGCAAUUGGUUAAAUAAAAGCAAGAAUUUCAGAUCUUGUCAUGACUGUGGAGGAGAGUGUACAAACCCAAGGCUUAUUCAUGUAAUGCCAAGUCAUAAUUUUCCUUUUAUCGAACCUGAUGAAGAGACCAACUCCAGAGUCUUUCAGCCUCGCUGAUAAUCUGAGGCGUGUGGUGGGAUUUUAUUAUUUAUUAAACAGAAUUUGUAUACUGCUUAAUGAUAAAUAAAACUUCUAAGUGAUGUACAAAGAAUAUAAAAUAUACAUUAAAAUGGUCAAGGCUUUAAAGGAUCAAAACAUAAAGUCAGUUUAAAUUUCAUUAUAAACUAAAGGUACAUAUUAAAAUACAUGCCAGCUUUACAUGUAUUUUACUAUCGUAAUUGCACCAAUUAAUUGUUUUGAGAACUCGCCACUGAGGAGAAAUUUAUGUGAAUGUAUCUAAACCAUGUACCCUAGGGCUAAAACGAAGUAAAUAAAAAGCCUAAUCCAAAUGUGUAUGUUGUAACUUUGCCAAACUUGCAAGUAACUCUAGUUGCGUGUGUAUUUUCACAGCUGAAGGUAAUGAAGUUUCAAGAUGAGUUGGAAUCUGGAAAAAGACCCAAGAAGCCAGGCCAGAGUUUUUCAGAACAGGUCGAACACUACCGUGACAAACUGCUCCAGAGGGUAAGUAGUGCUACUGUUCUGGAUUUUUUAAUUUAGUUUAGAUACAGAUUUCUAUUACUGGAACCUGUUUUGAGUAUAAUUCUAAGUUACUGCUUAGCAUGAUAUGCACAAGCAGCAGCAUAUCUCAGGCUCAAAUCCACUUGCAGUCUGGAUCCAACCCAUUGAAUGGUACUGGCCUCACGUUACACUUGGCAAUCUUAAAUAAGAAUAGUUUUGGAGCAGUUAAUAGUUUGCCUGUUUAGUGUUUUAGACUUAUCCAGAUAGAUUAUUUGAUCUGUAUAAGUGCAUGAUAUCUAAAGUCAUUUCUGUGGGUGAUAGGUGCUUUGUGGUAGGCCUGCAUUUAAAAUUGAAUAUGAGCAUACAGAAACUGACACAAGGCUUUAUUACCUUUUUAAGCAUAUUAAAGUGAUAGGCUUGUGUAAACUAGACAAAAUAAUAAAUAGCUUGGAAUUUACUGCCCUGCAAUAACUUCAUGAUAUGUGUUGUUACUGUAUCUAUUUUUAAAGCGAUUUAGCAUCAAAACCUCAAUUUUAAGGUUGCCACGCUUAAUGAUUACAUUGCCACAUAUAACGGGCACAUUUAGCUCGAUACAUUUUUUUAGAAGUUAAGUGCCGAAGGUUUUGUAGCUUUGAGCUAAAGUUGUUUGAGAAUCCAAAAGAAUGCGAUUAAGAAGAAAAAGAUGUUUCCGAACUUGUUUUAAAAGUGGCUACUUGAUUUUGUUCUUGUAAAUGUUUGUACAGCAACGACUGUUGGUUAGUAGUAGAGCAUAUACAGAAGAUCCCAGGUUUGUUCUCAUAUAUCUAGGUAGCGCCGGGAAUAGCAUUUCUCUGAAACACAGGUGAAUCAUUGCCAGUCAGGGUAGAUAGACAGCAUUCAGCUAAAUGGAUCAGUGAUCUAAUGUGGAGUCAUAGGAAGCUGCUUUAGACUGUUUCUUGUUCCCUCAAUGUCAAGCUUUGGCUCUGUUUUGUAGGGCGUAAAAUGAAUUAACAUAUACAUCUUGCUGUAUGAUAAAUUCUGAAUUCUCUGAAGUGCCCAAUUACUUUUAAUCUAGGAAAAGGAAAAGGAGCUGGAGAGGGAAAGGGAAAGAGACAAGAAGGACAAAGAGAAAUCUGAAUCCAGAUCAAAAGAGAAGAAAGAGAAAGAAGAAUGUACACCAACAAGAAAAGACAGGUAUAUAAUUUAAGAAGACUAGAUAGAAUGCAGCCUGUGCAAUGAGUUUUUCCCUUCUUCUCCGCCUGCAUGCCCCCAAAAUUAGGUCCAGGGGCUCCUCCAACCCUUCAGAGCCAAUUUUGAGGGGGUGGGCUACAGGGGAAAGGAAGGAAAGGUACAUUGCGCAAGCAGAAGUCUCUUGCUCCAGCAGAGCAGAAACUUUGGGGGCCACUCUGUUUUUGAAUUGUUUUUCUGGUCACCUAAAUUUGAGUGUCUGAAUUUGAAAAUAAUACUUUCAGUGGGAUGUGAGUUAUCAUUUGUGUGUGCGUGUGUGAAGAUAGUAUUGCUUUUGCAACCUUGCCAUUGUUUACCCUGCAAUUUCACAAUCAAGGAUCUUGGCAUUUAGAAGAAAAUUAUCAUCCAGUCAACUGAAAACAGUGACGAUAAAUAUGUACAGCCAUUUUAAAAGGAACAUUUAAAGCAAUUGUUGCUAUUUUAAAUGUUAAGCAUGUCAGGAUAAAACAGCAAACAAGGGUGCACACGUUACAAUAUCUGAAGAACAAGGCUAUAGCUUAAAACAUUGGUGGGGAAUCAGUAGGCUGUGGGCCUAUUUUGGCCCAGCAGGUGGCCUAAUUUAACCUGCAAGGUUGUUUUCCCACAAGCCAUGCACACAACCUGUAUGAUGUCAGGUGUAGGGCAGCUAAAGGCGUGGCUGCAAAGAAAUAAUCAGGAAGGCUUUAAAUGCUGUUUGGCACAGACUUCAGACCCUGCUGGAUUAGCUACACCUUCGAGUUGCCAAUCAGGAACACUAGAGUAAAGCUUAUCCCUGCCAAAAGCAAAUCUUGAAUACAAUGCCAUUCAGUACUGGGAACUGGAGUGUAUUCAAUCCCAGCAGGGCUUGUAGUCACUGCUGAUUAAUUCAAAUAUUAAUCGUUACUGAUAAGCAUCUGAAAUAAAUUUUACCAUAGGUUUUCGGACAAUCAGUUGCAGUUGUGUUUUUUUAAGGCAGUAUAAUUAAGUCCCAAGUUUUAUUUAACCAUGCAGUUUUGAUGGGCAGCCUGAUUGCCGCUGUAACUCCUAUUGAUCUGGAAAUGUGCAUAAAGAGAUUUUGAAUAUUUAUGCAUUUAAUGUUCUGAAAGCAAUGUCAAACUGCUUUAGUAUAUUUGGUGAGGUGAUGGGUAUCUUUGUAGGUGCUCAUAAUUUCUUUUUUUUUUAAAAAAAGGAAAAGGCGACACAGCACGUCACCCAGCCCGUCCCGCAGCUGUGGAAGCAGGCGAGCAAAAUCACCGUCGCCAAAAUCGGAACGCUCAGAACGAUCUGAAAGAUCCCACAAAGAAAGCUCACGCUCCAGGUCAUCUCACAAGGAUUCUCCCAGAGAUGCCAGUAAAAAAGCUAAAAGGUAACGCUGUUCAUUUCUGGAAAUCCAUUUUUGUUCAGUGUGACUCAGCAGCUAAGCCAUCAUUUGGCUUGGCCUGUUGUCUGAACCCGGAAUCAUCCUUUGAAUAAAUAAAUAGAAACAGUUGUCUUUGUGUAAUAUUGUGGAGUUACAAAAUUCUUGGGUGACACAUAUGCAGUAAAAAGGUACAGGUAGUAUUUUCUUGUCCACUUUUAUACAUACAUGUUACAGGAUAGAAUUAAUCUGUUUGGGGAAGAGUGCAUCAGAUCCAGCAUGGUUCUGAACUACUCUAAGAAUGGGGUUGAUCUUGGCUGGCAGAAGCCAAAUAAACAAUCUAUUGACAUUAAUACAAUUUAUUUUUAGGUCGCCGUCUGGCUCAAGGACACCCAAAAGAUCAAGGAGGUCGCGAUCCAGGUCACCUAAAAAGUCAGGAAAAAAAUCCAGAUCUCAAUCCCGCUCUCCACACAGAUCCCACAAGAAGUCGAAGAAGAGCAAACACUGA